AUGGCAGCUGUGAGGCCCGCGUUGGGCCGCGUCCUCCCCGGAUCUUCUAUGCUCUUCCUGUGCGACAUGCAGGAGAAGUUCCGCCACGUUGUGUACUUCCGCCAGAUCGUCUCUGUGGCUGCGCGCAUGCUCAAGGUGGCCCGGCUGCUGAAUGUGCCAGCUGUGCUGACUGAGCAGUACCCGCAGGGCCUGGGCCCCACGGUGCCCGAGCUGGGUGCUCAGGACCUGCAGCCCCACUCCAAGACCUGCCUCAGCAUGGUGCCUGUGGUGCAGCAGGAGCUGGACGCUCGGCCCCAGUUGCGUUCUGUGCUCCUCUGUGGGUUAGAGACACAAGCCUGCAUCUUGCAAACGGCCCUGGACCUCCUGGAUCGCGGGCUGCAGGUCCACGUGGUGGUGGACGCCUGUACCUCCCGGAGCCAGGUGGACCGGCUGGUGGCGCUGUCCCGGAUGCGCCAGAGCGGCGCCUUCCUCUCCACCAGCGAGGGGCUCAUUUUGCAGCUCGUGGGCGACGCCGCUCACCCUCAGUUCAAGGAGGUCCAGAAGCUCAUCAAGGAGCCCAGCCCCGAUAGCGGGCUCCUGGGCCUUUUCCAAGACCAGAACCCCCUCUUCCGCUGA